GUCGAGAGUCCAGAUAAGUGGAGAGCAAAGAGCAGUGCUUCCUGGAUGGGGACGAGAGGCAGGAGAACCGAAACUCAGACACAAGCAGAGAGCAGGACAGGAGAGAGCAGGAGGGUUAAACAUGAUUUAGAUUUUCUUUAAUCCCGCAACGCACUUGGAGGAGGCGGUAUCGAGACGGCCGCAGUGGCAUUAGGCGUUGACAGCAGGUUAUUACAGCACCAGACUGUGUUAUAACACAUGUGUCUGUACCACAGUAACAAGAGCACUGCGGCUGUGGAUCUGGACUCAGACUGCUUCUACGCCCAGUGGUCCACAGGGAAGGAACAUGGAGGCCAUGGCUGCUCUCCGUUCCCAGCAGAAAGGCUAAGAGAGGCUUGAUUCGUCCAUCCUCGUGACUUCUUUUCCUGCCGGCCGGCCUCGCCUCGUCAUGGCCAGCGGGAGUCCCACCGUGAGCCGGGAAGCCCGGGAGUCAGCUCCGGAGACGCCCGAGGCUGCCGCCAACCUGCAGGUGUUCUGCAAACUGUGCCUCAGCGAGCAGCCAUCGACAGCCACCACAGGACUGCAGAGCUGCAAGUGCAUCUACUGCACAGCGUGUUUGCAGCAGUAUGUUCAGCUAGCCAUAAUGGAGGGUGGGGGGGCACCAAUCACCUGCCCCGACAUGGCGUGCCGAAAGACUGGAGUGCUGCUGGACUCAGAGAUAGCUGCUUUGGCAGCAGCAGGUCAGGUGGAGCUGUAUCUGCGUCUCAAGUUUGAGAGAGGAGUGAAGCUUGACCCCAGUAAAGCCUGGUGCCCGGUGCUUGAAUGUCAGGCUGUGUGUAAUGUGGAGCAGAGCACCGAAGGCCACCCCGCCGCUGUGCCCUGCCCGACCUGUCACACCGUCUUCUGCUCCGGCUGCAGAGGGCCCUGGCAGGAUGGCCACGCUUGCCCCGAGCGGCAGGCCAUGAUGACGCCUUCUCAUCAAAGCAGGACACGCUCAGACAGUGACUCUGACAUGCCCAUCAAGCAGUGUCCUAUGUGUGGUAUCUACAUCGAGAGAAACCAAGGCUGUGCACAGAUGCUGUGUAAAAGCUGCAAACACACCUUCUGCUGGUACUGUCUGCAGAAUCUGGAUGGUGAUAUCUUUUUGAGACAUUAUGAUAAGGGGCCAUGCAGAAACAAGCUGGGACACUCCAGGGCCUCGGUUAUGUGGAACAGAACGCAGGUGGUGGGGAUCCUGGUGGGAGUCAGUAUCAUUGUGCUGGUGACGUCACCUCUCCUCCUGCUGGCCUCGCCCUGCAUCCUGUGCUGUGUUUGCAAGCCCUGCAAAGGGGACAAGAAGAAGAAGAACAAGAGCAAGAAGGACCUCAGCCAGUCAGACACCUCCACAUCAUAGCAGCUCCCUGCUUUCAUCUGCCCGCACAGGAUCACUCUGCUAACCUCAUGAAUGCCAAGGAAAGUUUAAGCGCUGCAUGAUGGGAAUAAAAAACACUCAUGAACUAAU